CGGGGGUCGAAGACAGGGAGAGGGCAAGCUGUUACUUUAAAGGCUUCUGUUCCUGGAUCCAAGACUCUUGGAGAGGCUAUUGCUAAGGGAUCAAUUAUAUCAGGAGGCCAGAUGCCUACUUUUGGUCAAGAUUUUGCGGCCUGAGGCCUACUUCAUUUAGGAGCCAGUGACCAGUUACGCCAAACACAGUCUUACGAAGUGUCCAGGAUGGCGGUUGAGGGCCACGCGCUGGAGUUCUGCCUCGCCGAGGAGGCCGAUUUUGAGGAAGUGAUGUCCAUCUCGGGAGACAUCUACGGGGGCCUUGAUUACCUGCCUGUCCGUUACCACGCCUGGAUCCGGGAUCCGGCUCGAAGGGUGAUCCUGGCGAAAAAGAAAGGGCAAAUAGUAGCCCUCGUUUCUGCGAACAUUGUGGAUGACGGACACACAGCGGUGGUGGAAGGGUUGAGGGUGGCGCCGCUAGAGAGAGGCAAAGGAAUUGCUGGGUUCAUCCAGAGCUACUGCCUUGAUCUGGCCAAGGCCCAGUUCCCAGAUGUCAAAGUGCGGCGCUACACCAGAGCCGGCCAAUUGGCACCUGAGACUCUCGCCAAGUUCCGACUGAUAUGUAAACAGGAAAUUCUCUGUACACGAUUCAAGGUAGAAUAUAUCCUUCCGAAGCUGGAAGCUACCAUUGCCCAGCUGAAGGAGAGCGGGGAAGAAUGGGAAGAUCCCAUCCUGCUCGGAGCUACAGAUGUCAAGCGGGUGUUCCUUAGCCCCAAGGUGGUGAAUGGGGUGCUGCCUGGGAAGACCAUUAUUCAAGAUUGGGCUCCUUACAAGCCAUUGGAGAGUAAUCUAGAGAAGUUAGUGAGGCAAGACCUCAUCUGGAUGGCUGACGACAAAGAAGAGCCCACGGUCGUCAGCCUAGGAACUGCCCCCUACAGAGUACCCUUGGGGACUGGCUACCACCGGCUGAACAUUGAUAUAUUUGGGAAGCAUUUCCCCAGGGCCAGGAAUCAGUUCCUCGCUCAAGUCCAGCAAAGGAUCAGCACUUUGGAGGGCCCAGUAUACUGCAUCUUGUACAUUGAGCCAUCCCUGUGGCAGGACAUGCUUUCCUUCUGCCAGACUGCCUUAGGACUACACGUGGAUAGAGAGUUGAGGGUGCAAAAUUUGCUGGAGGCAGAUAUGUAGACCUGUGAGGGAAAGAGUCCUCCAACCUGCUAUUGCCAAUCCCUUUCUGCCUAUGGGCUCAGUAGGUUGUCCACUCUUUAUCUCUCACAUGCCACCUCAGAAUCAAAAGCUUGUAGGUUCAAGUCCCAUUCCAGGGCUUUGAGAUCUGACAAAUCCAGUACCAGAAUAGUGUGGAAUUCUCCGGUGUUUGAUUGUGUUAGUCUGACUACUGAUCUGUGCCUACUGUACUUGAUUGCUUGAACUUGGAUACGGACUCAGAGCCAAGCAAACAGUCACUGAUUUCAAAAUGCUCGUCAAUAAACAUAACAUGCUCUGAAA